AUGGCCCUCGGCUCUUCUCUCCUCGCGACCCUUGUCCUUGCCCUCACUGUUGCGGCCAUCCCCCUCGAGGCCCGCAAUGGCAGGGUCACUCUCCCUCUCGCGAAGCGGACGAGCUCGACCGGCGUGGCUAACGUCCUUGCGCGCGACCAGGCCCGCGCACAGUUCCUGAAGAGCCGUGGAAGCAGUGACCUGAAAUCGCGUCAAGAUGUCACAGCGACGAACCAGGCAGAAGACUACGUCGUCACCGUUACAAUUGGCUCAACCGACUACACCCUCAUAGUAGACACCGGCUCCUCCAAUACCUGGGUCGGUGCUGACAAGAAGUUUGUCAAGUCCUCCGGUACCACAUCCACCGGAAACUCUGUGGAGGUCAGCUACGGCUCUGGCGAGUUCGAGGGCACCGAGUAUACUGGCGACAUCACCAUAGGCGGUAGCUUGACUGUCACCGACCAGUCCUUCGGUGUCGCAUCCUCCUCCGAAGGGUUCGAUGGUGUCGAUGGCAUCAUUGGUAUUGGCCCGGAGGAUCUUACAGAGGACACUGUUUCCAACACUAACGAGGUCCCGACCGUGACUCAGAACCUAUACACGCAGGGUACCAUCGCCGAGGAGCUCGUCUCUGUCUUCUUCGCUCCCACCACCUCUGAAAGUGAUGCCAAUGGUGAGCUCACCUUCGGCGGCACCGAUGCAUCCAAGUAUACCGGCGCCAUCACCUACACCCCCCUUACCACCACCUCCCCGGCCAGUUACUAUUGGGGUAUCAAUGAGGAGAUCACUUAUGGCAGCGACACCACGAUCCUGUCUGAGACUGCUGGUAUUGUUGACACUGGUACCACCCUCGUCUUGAUCGCCAGCAAUGCUUACAGCAAAUACCAGUCGGCGACUGGCGCUACUGAGGAUGAGGACACCGGUCUGCUUCGUCUUUCGACAUCUGAGUACGACAACCUUGAGAGCCUGUACUUCAACAUUGGCGGCUCGAGCCUCGAGUUCACUGCUAACGCUCAGAUCUGGCCCCGCUCCCUCAACAGCGCCAUCGGGGGUAGCAGUGACUACGUCUACCUCAUCGUCAACAACAUCGGCACCCCGAGCGGUGAGGGUCUCGACUUCAUCAAUGGCUACACCUUCCUCGAGCGUUACUACUCUGUCUUCGACACUGGCAACUCCCAAGUUGGUUUCGCCGAGACUGCGUACACCUACGCCACCACCAAUUGA